AUUUCACAUUUCACAUUUCCCCCCUUUCACAUUAACCCCCCGCCCCUUUUCUCUCGUCACCACCUCCUCUCUCCCUCUCUCCGAUUGCCGGCGAUUUCAGCCUUCUCCCCGCCGUCGCCGCCCACUUUCCAGCAGCCUUCUCCCACCAUCACAUUUGAGAUGGAAUCUCGUAGUUGGAUGUACUGUAGAACAAAUUAUGGUAGAGGGGGGAUGAGGAAAAAUUUAUGGAUGGUGUCAUUGCUUUUGUUGAAUAUGCAAUGACACUUGAACCUUUUUAUAAUAGAAGGCUUGGUUAGGUGUCCUUGUGAGAAAUGUGCAUGUAGGAAUUAUGAGACGCCAGAGAUUGUUAGGCUUCAUCUCUAUACCUACGACUUUCAAUUAAAUUAUACAUUGUGGACUAGUCAUGGAGAAACGGAUACUGGUUUGGGAGGAUUUCAAAACUUUGUUGUUGGUGAAAGUAGUAGGUCGGCAGAACCUAGUGUCCAAAAUUAUAGAAUGCACAACAUGAUUCAGGAUGCUUAUGGGAUGCAUUCCGAUUUUGAAUCCGGUAACCAUGUUGAAGAAGAUCCUAAUGAGGAAGCUAGUCAUUUUUUUGAACAGUUGAAAGAUACUAGUCGGCCUUUGUGUGACGGGAGUCCGCACUCUCAAUUGUCUAUUGCUGUUAGAUUAAUAAGUAUCAAAGCAGAUUGGAAUGUUCCUCAAGGGGCAAUGGAUGCUGUGAUUAGCCUUAUACGUGAAUUAGUUGACCCGAAUCUAGAGAUACUUGUUAACUACUACAAGGCAAAGAGAUUGGUGUCAAAGUUCGGACUCUCGUCCUACAAAAUUGAUUGUUAUGAAAAUGGAUGCAUGUUAUAUUAUAAGGAUGAUGUCGGUCUAGAAUCUUGUAAGUUUUGUGGCAGAGCUCGUUUUAAGCGGACUCGUAGCGGGAAGAGAGUUGCUUUUAAGGCGAUGCAUUACUUACCUCUUAUACCAAGGUUAGAGAGAUUGUACACAUCAAAUAGCUCUGCUUCUCAUAUGAGAUGGCAUAGUGAGAAUAGAAGGCCGCCUGGUGUUAUGUGUCAUCCAUCAGAUGGAGAAGCUUGGAAGCAUUUUGAUAGAACAUAUCCAGACUUCGCAGCUGAACCACGGAACAUUAGGUUGGGUUUAUGUUCAGAUAGAUUCACUCCACAUUCUGUUUCUGCUGCUCCCUAUUCUUGCUGGCCUGUUUUCUUAACACCGUAUAAUCUUCCACCCGAGUUGUGUAUGACUAGUCCAUAUAUAUUCCUUAAUUGCAUUAUUCCUGUUCUGCGUAAUCCAAAAGUUUUGAUUGAUGUAUACUUGCAACCUUUGAUUGAUGAGUUGAAACUGUCAUGGGUUGAAGGGGUUGACACGUUUGAUGUAUCGCGUAGGCAGAACUUUAAUUUGCGGGCCACGUUAAUGUGGACUAUUAAUGACUUUCCCGCUUACGGAAUGUUGUCUGGGUGGAUGACAGCUGGAAAGUUAGCUUGUCCUUACUGCAUGGAAAAUACUAAAUCUUUCACUUUAAAAUAUGGCCAUAAAAAUUCAUGGUUUGAUUGCCACUGUCAGUUUUUGCCAAUAGAUCAUGAGUUUCGAAGUAUGGAAAAUGCAUUUAGGAAGAACAUAAUUGAACGAAAUUGUCCACCUCCAAGACUGUCGGGAGAGGAUAUUUGGGAGAGGGUUCAAAACUUUCCGAAGGUUACUGAAGAAGCACCGUACAAGUUCGAUGGGUAUGGGUCAGCACAUAACUGGACUAAGCAAAGCAUAUUUUGGGAGUUACCAUAUUGGAAAGAUAAUCUUCUCCGACAUAAUCUUGAUGUCAUGCAUAUUGAAAAAAAUUACUUUGAUAACUUGUUCAACAUAGUGAUGGAUGUUAAGGGCAAGACAAAAGAUAAUGCAAAGGCAAGACAAAAGAUAAUGCAAAGGCAAGAAUGACGUACAGGAAUACUGUAAGCGAAAAGAGUUAUGGUUACAGGACAAACAGAACAGAGUCUUUAAGCCUAAGGCUGGUUAUUCAUUCACAAUGGAGCAAAAGCGAAAGAUUUGUCAGUGGGUCCAGAACUUGAAGAUGCCUGAUGGGUAUGCAUCAAAUUUGGGAAAACAUGUCGAUAUGGAGCAAGGAAAGUUACAUGGGAUGAAAAGUCAUGAUUGUCAUGUUUUCAUGGAAACUUUACUCCCCAUUGCAUUUAGUGGCUUGCCUACCCGAAUCUGGAAACCUAUGACAAAAAUUAGUUUGUUCUUAAAGAGUUGUGUUCUAGCACAUUGAGGGUAGACAACCUAGAACGGAUGCAUAAGAAUAUUCCUGUAAUCACAAAUAAGUUGGAGAAGAUUCUACCACUGGGGUUCUUCGAUGUGAUGGAACAUCUUCCAAUUCACCUUGCGGAGGAAGCCAGACUCGGAGGCCCAGUUCAAUGUCGGUGGAUGUAUCCUUUUGAGAGGACUAUUGGCAGGUCUAAGCAAGGUAUCAUGCAGAGACAUAGAGUGGAGGGCUCAAUUUGCGAAGCAUAUCUUGCGAAAGAAACAUCUCAUUUUUGUUCUCACUACUUUGGAGAUGAUGUUCCUUGCUUGCGAAACAGGCCCAAUCGGCACUACGACGGAGGUGUCAAUGAUGCUUUCGCGAUGCCGAUAUUUAUCUUCAAUCGACCGGGUACGGGAUCAAAAAAACGUAAAAACAGAGAAUUGAAUGAUAUGGAGUUUAAGUCUGCGUUGACACAUGUCUUGCUGAAUUGUCCAGAAGUUCAAUCAUAUUAUGAUUACUUUGUACAGAUAAAAGACGAGUCUCAAGUGUACGAACAGUUUGCAACGUGGUUUAAAGAUUACGCAAGUGUUAUAUGGGUUUUUCAUAAAGCUAUCUUAAAUAAAAAAGUGCUCGUUCUGAUAUUGCUAAAUUAUUAUUUCUUAACUACUAAUAGGUACAUAGUACACAAUAUGGUUACAAUGAACAAUUUUUGAAAGACAUAUCUUGGGGACCCGAUAGCGUCUGUUCUAUGGACAAAUAUGUGGUAAAUGGUUUCAAGUUUACUACUGAAGAACACUCCAAUCAUAUGAGAACUAACAACAGUGGGGUUUGGGUUAAAGGUGGUGAUGGAAACCAAACGGGGGUUGAUUAUUAUGGUGUAAUCAAGGAGAUCCUAGAACUGGAGUUUUCUGGUUUUCAAGUAAAGAAAAUUGUACUUUUUCGGUGCAAGUGGUUCGAUCUAACGCUAAAUAGAGGUACGAGGGAAUUCAAGCAGUAUAACAUCACCGAAGUAAACCUCACAAGGGAAUACGGGGCUUAUGAUCCUUUUAUUAUUGCACAAAAGAUUAGGCAAGUGUACUAUGCCCUUUAUCCCUUGCGCCCAGACAAGUCUGCUUGGUGGGUGGUAAUUAAAACCAAGCCUGUGGGUCAAGUGGAAGUGGAGAAUGUGUUGCCUGUUGCGUUCCAAGCUGACGACGUAUCAAGUGUUCACCGAACAGUUGACAAUGAGUUAGAAAAGGAUUUAGAGCAUCUAGAACACAUAUUAGAAGAAAUUGAUAUAGAAGAAAUUAAUCCAGAGGUGAAUGGGCCUAAUGAUGAAAAUGAAACAACUGAUGUGGAAGAAUGGUCAGAAGAGGGAGACGGUGAUGAUGACGAAUAUCAUCUCUUUCUUUUGCAUCAGCUUAUGUUGUGAGUGUUUUCAGCUUUUGGGUUUGUGCACAAGAUUACAACAUUUGAGAAGACUGUAGGAUUCCAGGCUCUAGCGCAAUUUACUGAUGCAGAAACUGCUACUUCAGCAAAGGAUGCUCUGGAUGGAAGAAGCAUUCCCAGGGCAGUUGACUGAUUUUUUUCUCUCUCAUGCAUUAGGUACUUGAUUCCGGAACUGGGGCCAGGUACCCUUAAAAUCACAUAUUCUACCCAUACAGAUUUGAGUGUGAAGUUUCAGAUGACAGAUGAUAAAAGGAGCAAGGGUAUUGCUACUGCCCCAAAGAAACAUAAAAAGAGUAGUAGGGCUUUGUGGAAAGAGCCAGGUCCCGCGGUGACUAGAGAUAGAAGCCCGUCGCCAUAUCCACCACCACGGGGCGCUCCAUUACCUCAUCCACCACACGGGGCUUCAUUACCUUAUCCACCACGGGGCGCUCCAUUACCUUAUGAUUCUAUGAUGAUCGGCAUGGGCUAUACUCAACCGUCUCCGUUCAAUUCUGUGGACCCCCAUGUUUCUCCACGUCAGGGAUUCACUGAGGCACUUCCCCUUACACCUGGUUAUGAUACCCCACAGGGCUUCAGUCAAUUGCCUACCGGAUCUCAGCGGGCGACGUCUAGCGGUACUCCAACGGCUACUCCAAGCCCGACCGUAUCACAUCAUUCUUCAGCAUCUACUGCAUAGUUUGGGGUAGACGGUCGUCACCUUGGAGGUAGUGGCUCUGAGCCUGACAAUCGUACCACAGAUGAAAACUUACCUGCAGGUGGUGUGGAUGCUUCACUGCUGGAGCAUUAUGAUGCCAGUGGGCGCCUGAUCAUCGAGCCUGUGGGAUAUAGUUUUUUACCGGACAAAGCUUCAAGAAUUCUUUCGCGGACGAUACAGGGUUGUUUCACGGACUCGCCGACUUGGGCCAAGGUGGAACCAGACUAGAAGAGACAGACCUAUCUAACCUUUAAGAGAAAGUGUUUCUGGCUCCCGGAACAUGAAGCUCAUGUCGCCCAAAACUUUGAGAAAAAAGCAGGGCAGCUGCUAAAGGGUGCAUUAGGAAGGGUUCGUGAAGAACAAGCAAAGCCUGAUUGGAUCCGUCCUGAGGCCUAUAACAAGCUAUUGCAGUACUGGCCGUCUGAUGAAUUUAAGAAACAAAGUGAAAAAGGGAAGCUAGCCAGAAAU